GGUAGAGGGAGGACGUGAGGAAGUUUCCAUCCCAGUUAUUAAAAUAUACACUUGACAUUUUUUUUUACGUGUAACUGAUAGUUCGUGCUGUACUGUUCACCCGCCUACUCGAAUUGCCGUUUGGUUGUUCUUAAAUUCAGUUUCUCGGGCGUUUCAGUUUUAGGCAAUAACUUGGAAAAGGGGGCCUUUGUAUAGAGAUUUUGUGAAACGUAAAUAAACUAUAUAUUAUUGACUGUGAGUUUUUUCGGAGGCGAUUUUCCCCUCAACGUGUACUUCCUUAGUUUCUGUCGUAUCAAUAAAUGGCCCCGCGACGGAACCUGGGAGAUCUGUUGUCAACCGCCGGUGAAGCCCGCGUGAUCGGAGAGCUUAUUACUGGGCGUGACGGGAACGACUACGCCCCCGGAGGCGAGUCGUGGUGCUGCGCCUUCGCCCCCGACGAGUCCCGCUUCGCCUGGUCAUGUGGCUUUAGGAAGGUGGUCAUCCUGCCUUGGAACCGAUACAAGAACUGCCUGUUCAGACAGAGGUGCCAGCAACAGUCUGAUGAUAGUCAGGAUGCUGAGGGCUACGAGCUCUUCACAGAGAAGAUUAGCAUUGAUGCUGGUUUCCCUGUAACAAGCUUGGCCUUUGGCACAGGGACACCAGAGCAGGACUUGGUGCCCAUCAAGCGGGAAUACUGGACCAGGUUUGAUUUCUCCAAAGACCUCAUCCUUGCUACAGGACACAACAAUGGCCGCAUCAGGAUCUGGGACCCAUAUACAGGCAAGCUGUUGCUGGAGCUCACAGACCAUGUUCAGCCCGUCACAGCCCUGGCCUUCGCCCCUGACGGUUCCCUUAGGCUUGUUUCAGGAUCGAAGGACUCGACCAUCAAGGUGUGGGAUAUGUCCGACGAUGGAAACAUGUUCAAAACUCUGCGAGAACACACUGGGUCAGUCAGGAGCUUGUGUUGGUCACCUGAUGCCAAGUUCCUCUGCUCAACUGGUGACAAACAGAAGGUGCUACUAUGGGACAUGGACUCGUAUAACUUAGCCAAGAGGCUUUCAGGACAUUACAAUAAUGUUCUUUCAUGUUCCUUCUCUCCUGAUGGGGCCAUGCUAGCCACGGCGUCCGGUGAUACACGAGUCAUUGUUUGGGACACCAUUACGGGUGAACAACUUCGAGUUCUGAACCACAUGAAUCCACCUCCUGGAAUAAUUUAUAUGUCUGGAGAGAACAACUCUGUUGUAAGAGGAGUGUCGUUCUCACCAAAUGGAUGCCAUGUUGCUACAAUUUGUAGUGAUGGGUUCCUACGGUUUUGGAAUCUGAUGAUGGAAGAGGACGAGCCAGAAUGUAUGGGAUCAGCUAUGGACGGUGAUUCUAUGCUCAAUUGUACAUAUUCCCCUGUUGGUGGAGCUGUAGCUGUAGGGCAUGCCUCAGGAAGCGUAGUGUUCUUUAUGGCUCCUCCACUGGUGCCUUCCCUGCUUCACCUCUCAAGAAUGUCAAUCAGAAAGUCACUUGGAGACGUCACCACAAGACAGGACGUUCUCCUGCCUCACACCCUAAAGCCUUAUCUACAGUAUAAGCAGUGGUGAAGAGAUAAUGCACAUUAGAUGUGCAGUUCACUAUAAACUUAAAAUGACGGUGAAUCCUGAUGUUUGAAUGGAUUUUAUAACUUAUUUGCUACAUAAUUUUUUCUUUACUUUUAUAUUUAUCACUCAUAUUUUGUCAUUGGUUUUAUGUAUGAUUGGAAUUGUGUUCAAUUUAAGAAUGGUGGGUAAAUGUUUUGUUUGAGCAUGUUAGUAAGUUUCAUUUAAAAAAAAAUAUUAUGAAAGAUUUGAUGAUUUAUUUAUUUUUGGCAUCAGGUAUUUGUGUGUAUGUAUUACAGUGAGCUGUUAUUUAAUACUUUUGUAUUUUCUUGUUUUUUAUAGUGAUUCAUGAUUGAUGUCAUUUAAUAUAAAGCCAAAUUGUAUAUGCACAACUGUUGAAUAAGUUACAAGUCAAUAUAUAUAUAGUGUACCUCAUUUCUCAUCUCAUUACACAUUUAUAGUUUCGUAAGAAAAAGGGGAAAAAAUCAUCAUUGCACACUCGGUUCACGAGAUUUAUUUCUCACAAGCCACCUUUCCAGUACCAAGUAUCGUCACAUUCACAUUCUCAUUUUUUUUUUUUUAUAAACACUAUGUAAUUUCUGUAU